CGAAAACGAGCGCUCAAAGAAAGCGGUCUAACAGAACUUUAAUUUCGUUGCAAAGAGACAAAUCAAACAAUCGAACGAGAAUUUUCCUGAGAUUUCAGCUCUCUAAAGCUUCGGCCAUGGCGGCGGCGUUAGCAAUGUUCAAAAUCUUAAGCAGGUCUUCGAAUUUCGAGAGAACAGUGAGAACAGAGACAGAUUCAUUCUGUUCUCUGGUGUUGAGAUUAUACAGCACGAGACGAAACUGCAACCGAAGGAACCUCUUCGCGAGGAUUAGUCCUCUCGGUGACCCUGAGCUCAGUGUAGUCCAGAUUCUUGAUCAGUGGAUUGAGGAAGGCAGGAAGAUCAAGGACUUUGAGCUCCGGAGAAUCGUUCGCGACCUUCGUUCUUGCCGGCGGUAUGGCCAAGCCCUCGAGGUGUCCGAAUGGAUGAGCAGCAAGGGACUUUUCCCCCUUACAACAAGAGACUUUGCUGUACAGCUUGAUCUGAUUGGCCGAGUUCGGGGGCUGGAUUCUGCAGAGAAGUACUUCAGCAGUGUUUCUAACCAGGAGGAAAUUGGUAAACUCUAUGGUGCUCUUCUAAAUUGUUAUGUCAGGGAAGGCCUUGUAGAUAAGUCCCUUACCCAUAUGCAGGAGAUGAAACAGAUGGGUUUUGCUUCCACUCCCCUCAACUACAAUGAUAUCAUGUGUCUAUAUCUGAACACUGGCCACGUCGAUAAAGUUCCGAACGUGCUGUCUGAAAUGAAGGAGAAUGGUGUUCUUCCUGACAAUUUUAGCUAUAGAAUUUGCAUCAAUUCUUAUGGAGCUAGGUCUGAUCUGAUCACUAUGGAGAAGGUCUUGAAAGAAAUGGAGAGCCAAUCCCACAUAUCCAUGGACUGGACUACAUACUCAAUGGUAGCCAAUUUUUUCAUAAAAGCCAGUAUGCACGAAGAAGCACUGAAUUACCUUCGAAAAUGUGAGGACAAGGUAGACCGAGAUGCGCUCGGAUUCAAUCAUCUCAUUUCCCUCUACACCAGUCUGGGACAUAAUGAUGAAGUAAUGAGACUGUGGGCCCUCCAGAAGGAGAAGUGUAAGAAGCAAGUCAAUAGGGAUUAUAUAACCAUGUUGGGUUCCUUGGUAAAGCUCGAGCGGCUUGAGGAAGCUGAAAAUCUGCUCAAGGAAUGGGAGUCAUCUUGCCAGUGUUACGAUUUUCGAGUCCCGAACGUUCUCCUUAUCGGUUACUCGCAAAAGGGGUUAAUCGAAAGAGCUGAAAAGAUGCUUAGGAGCAUUGCCAGAGAAGGGAGAAUCCCACCACCAAAUAGUUGGGCCAUUAUUGCAGCAGGGUACUUGGAAAAACAGAACCUGGAGAAGGCUUUUAAGUGCAUGAAUGAAGCUCUUGCUGUAAAAGAGCAAAACAACGGGUGGAGGCCAAAACCUAGCGUUGUAUCAAGCAUUCUGCGAUGGCUAUCUGAAAAUGGAAGAUAUGGGGAACUGAAAGAGUUUCUGAGCUCAUUGAAGACUGUACCUUCCAUGGAUGGAAAACUACAUAAUGCCUUAGAUGAGCUUGUGGAAACCUUAGAAAACGACGGUGAAAUAGCGAUGACGGGCGAAUUACAGGUGAGGUGAUUAGAUGCUCUUAUGAAAUCACAGCAUCGUUUAAGAACUUGUAAAAUCAAGUUUGAAACUUGAUGCUAAUGUAGGAAUUAGGAAUGUAUUAGAUACUUCAUGUACAUAAAUUAAAGUGGAACUGUAGAGGUUGAAAUUUCCAGUCAUUUUUUUUAGUCAAGAUUCAAGAAUGUUUACAGUGAUUUUGUUCCCUUAAAAAA